AUGCAUGUCUCUGCAGUUGGUAUAAAAUCUACCAUUCCCCCAUUCCGCUGUCGCUGUGAUGCCCCUUGCCAUGAACAGGUAGCUCAGUUAUCUGACUUAUUUCAACCGAUAACAAAGUUGCCGGGCCGGCAGGCCGACAUGUCCAGACACCUCCUCCAUCGGUCGUCCGGCCAGUCUCUACAUGGAAAGACGGUAAGACAGACAAAUAUAAAUGUGUGUGUAUACAGAAUGGCUAGUAGGAUCAAGACAGACAUGAUGUGUACACAAAGAGGGUUUUGUCUGGACUGGGAAUAUGUAAAUGUACAUUUUAUUGUAAUGCCGCCCAGUCGGCCUGGCAACAAGGAUAGCGUUAUUGCCGGCUCCUUAGGCCUCCUGACCAAAGGCCCUCCCCCCCGGGGACCGUGCCCCUUUUGGUCGUGUUUACGUAAUCGGGGCGCUCUGAUAUCGCCAUAUCAACCAUGGCAGGCCUUCGACAUUUUCAUGAGCCUGAGUCGUGCUGCCGAAGUGAUAAUUGAGUUCCCCCCCCACCGGAGGCCCAAAGAAGGGCAGAUUUGUGAUCCCACCUGA